UUCCAACAGCCCGCGCCAAGCAGUAGACUGUGAUACAGAGGUCACUUGCUGAGAAGCAGCGACACCUUUAGCUUACUGGACGUAUACACGUUUAACUGGGCAUAGAUCGUACCGUUGAAUUUAGAUCAAAAGGAUCACGCCUCAUUCUGAGUUUAUUUUCAGUAGCUCCAAAAAAUGAAUAUUGUAUACCUCAGAUCUGCGCUUUUUCUCGCUUAUGGAUCCGUGUGUUUCAGGCUAUCAAGUGGUGCCUCUGCCAUUACCAUUGACCAGCACGAAGAUAACUCUCCUGCCCAAUUAGCUGUGGUCAGUCUCCUCCACAAUGAUCUGAAAACAAGAGACAACCAGCUAGAAUAUGACAAGGAGGAAGAGUACUAUUAUGAACAUGGUGAAGAGGACUAUCUGUCUGGGGAUUACGAAAUGGAAUUUCCAAAAGUGGCAUUUUCCACCAAGCCGAAAGAUCUGCCCAUGUCUCCCUACACAGACAGGAGAAGGGCGAGCAAGAGAAACGGCAAGGGUAGGAAGAGGAACCCCUGUCUGAAGAAAUAUAAAGACUACUGCAUUCAUGGGGUCUGCCAAUACCUGAGAGAGCUACGAGAGCCAUCCUGCAUAUGUCUGCCGGGAUACUCUGGUGAGCGGUGUCACCUUUUCAGCCUGCCGGUGACAAAGGAAGCAGGAGGCUACAACAGGACAAUAGCGCUGGCUGUGGUAGCAGUGGUUGUGUCCUUUCUGUGUCUGACAGUCAUCGCCAUUUUAAUGGCCAUCAGGUGUCAUAAGCAAGGUCAAUACAACCUUGACAAUGAGAAGGUCAAGCUUGAGGCGGUCGCACAUCCCUGAUAAUCUAGUGACAGAGAGGAUGACAAUUCUACCUCAGUUCAUUUGAAGGUAAAGUUCAUCCCCAAGAGGAACCUGUGGUGACGCAGGGGGGAGAUGUAUUAUGUCUACCUCGUAGGACACCUGCAUGGUCUGACAGACCUCCUGAAUGAAAGUUUGGAUGGCAAACCAUGAUUAUAUGCGUGGGCCAUUUCCCAAUUGGAACAGAAAUCUCCAUGAACUAAUUGGGGCAAACGAACUUGACUGAAGUCAUUUUACAUGACACAGAGGAAUUAAAGCUGACCAAGGAGAGAAUUUAGGGAAUUUAGAUUGUUGUCAGUUGGUGUCACUCCUACGUGAUGCUCGUCCCUCAAGCUAUCUGACAUACAGUAUCACAAUAGGGAAAUGAUUGUGCCCUCUCAGCUGUGUGAAGCUUUCCUCCUCCAUCUGAAAUUACAUUAUUUGUAGAAAAGGGUGCCUAAUCUCCAUGUGGUUUUUGUAUGUGGUUUUUUACCAGCAUUUUCAUUGUAGUAUGGUGUAUUGUAUCAGUCCUUUAAAUAAUUUAUUUAUUGAGUACUUAAGAGGUAUUUAUUCCGAUUUAUACUUGCUUUUUUAUGUUCAGAGUGCACUGUCUGUUUGUUUGUAUGCUUCUGUAUUCUGUCAUAUUUAUGUUAAUAUGUAUUUAUAGCGUAGAAACAACAUGCUGCUCAAGUUUUAAUAUAAUAUUUUUGGUUAUACCAAAAUAAUAAACCUCAGAAGAAAACAGAAUUGCAGAAGAAAUGCUGAAGGUGAAAGAGCAUUCAUUAUGUACUUGUUUCUAUUUCACGGACAGAGUGAGGUUUGAACAAUCAAUAAUGCCAGAAAUAAAACAUUUUGUCAAAAAUGUGAGGAAUAAGGACAGAGUUUGAUGUAAACUGCAAUUCGAUGAAACAUCAACUUGAGAAAUGUUUUCAGAACGAAAAGGGCAAAAAUAAACACAGCUUUUCACA